UAGCGGUAUCGUGCAUGCGCAGUUCGCCGAGGGUUUGCACUUCAGUAUUUCAAUGUGCUAUGUGAUGUAUUGCUCUUCUUGUAGUAUUCAGUUAUCGAACUUGGCACUUCCAACUUCAUCGUUGACAUCCACCAGCCAGGGUCUUGUCAUCCAAGCUUCUGAUAUCUCCUUCUAUAUCCAUGGUGAUUGGCAGUACAGAGGAAAUGACUGGUAAAAUGUACUAGUAAUUGCCUAGCGUUAAGCAAGGGGCAACUGUAAUUCUGAGUUUCAUCUUAGAAAUAGUUGGUACAAUGUAGGAAUGCAAUCUGUGUCUCAGUAUAAUGUUAUGUUCUAGGAAUGCAAAUAUUCUGCACACUACAUGCCAAUGUACGAGAUUGAAACGCUUCGGAAUGUUACUGCACACUGUGACGAGGUGGUAGAGUUUCAGAUGACAACCCUAACUCAACUUAUAGAUUAUGAAGAGUCGAAUCGGAGAAGCUAGAAGGAAUCUCUCCACCCAGUAUGACUGUUAAUGGUUCUGCACAGCGUCCUCCACGUACAUACAGACUUCAAAAGAUGUCAGCAGUUACCUUACUGUAGCACUUCUUCUGUCUGCGUCUUCAUGCUUAAAUCCUUCUAUUACCUGGCAUAGCAGGCCACAACUUCAACUUAUUCUUCUCCCUACACCCUUGUAAUGUAUCAAGCCUGUACCACCUAGCUGGUAUGUUACAUGUCCUAGAGAAACAUUACUGAUUCUAGUACAUUUGCCUGAGUCAUAAUAUUGGCUUACUACCCGUACACUAGAGUUGACCUCACCACUAACAACGUCUGAGAACUUGAAUUAAUAUCCUUUUACUAAUGCCACUACACAUUUGAUUUAAUCUUCCUUCUUCCAUUUUCUUGAUAUAUAACAAACCACUAUUAGUAUAAAAGUAACACCCAAGUAAGUGCAUUAUGAUAGUCUAGGAAGGCAUUAGCAAACACUAUCAUUAGCCUUUAGUUUCCUCCUCCUAAGCAUGCGCACAGCUUCUCUUUAGACGCACAAAGUUGUGUUCGUACUAAACUCCAAGUCUUAAACCACAGCUAGAAUCUGUGCCUCCUCCACCUCCCUCAACAGCUCAUUCAUAAGUCAGAUUCGAACAUACCAAACCCUAGGCAAUAAUGCCACACAGUAUCAUUGUGCUUUCUCUGUAUUAAGAAGGAAUGCAUGUGUCCCCUUUCCCUCCUUUAGUCUACCCUGCACAAGUUCAUUUAGUGUAUUUUCGACACCACUCCUUUUACCCUGAAAACUGACUGACCCUCUUGCGCCCUUGUCCAGAUGCUUAUUAUACUUUACAAAACAAAUUCCUAAUCACACUCAUAGAGUUAUGUCCCUAUAAUUACCAGGAUCUCCACUGUGGUGGCACAAACGCCUCACGCCAAACUACAGCAAACAACUGUUGAAGCAACUUCCCUGACCCACAUACGUAUUUAGGAAGCUCCCCCACAAGCUUGUCACCACUGCCAGUCUUCAACUUCUUGACAUCAUAUGCUAUCUCCUUGUGCUUUCCAAUAAAUAACCUUCAAAAUAAACGUUUACUCUUACCACUACCUCAUUUCAGGCAUCAAGCCUCUUUAAACUGUUGACCUCCCCAUGCAAAUCCCCAUACUCUUUCCACAAGAACAUAAGUAAUUAUGACCCUUGAGAGUUUUCUCCCUUUUCUGCUCUACACUUCUGCCUGAGGUAAUCGUCCCACCCACUAAUCUCUGAAUAUAACUUUUUUGGUGAUCACGUUUCAAUUAGGGUUAAUAACUUUCUUGUCCACCUUCAGUCCCAAAUGCUAAUAAUAUCUCUGUAAGUACCAGUCACUGACUCCCUGGCACUAUCCUUCUACACAUGAUCCUCCUCUGUUGUCUGUUUAGCUACCAACGAAUGCUCCAGUACGAUGAAUUUUUGGCAGACUUGCGCAUGCGCGUUGUCAUGGUCCAUGAGGGUCAUUACAUACAAUUCAGAUGACUAGGUGGGCUGAGUUUUCCGGAGUCUGAGUUUGCCAUUUUAACUACCUUUUUCAAGCUUUUUCUCAAGAUCUCUAAUUAUUUUUCCUCCCUAUGCAGCUUAGAUACUAUAAUCUUUUUAUAAAGGUUUCUGACCUCCCCUAACUUAUUUCUUGCCACUUUGUUCCCACUCAUAUAAAGCUGUUCAAAAUACUUCGUUUCAACUAAAACCCUCAUACUCCCUAAAGUUUGAUCAACCUUACCUGUACAUCAAAAGCUUCAGUAUACUUUACUCUAACCAAUCGUCUUUCUUGACGCCACUUUCUAAUUCUGUGUUUCGGCUUUUAAGCCCAAUUGCUUUCCAGCUGCAUUGCUUGUUGAAGGUUGUGCCUACAAUCCUGCUACCACAGCACCACACUAUAAAAUCACACCAAAAUCAGUUGAGCCAAUUAUAUAGCAAAUCUCAAAACUCCCUCAUCUAUGUAUAGCAAACAACUAACUGUAUGCUACCACCAAUUUCUGCCAAGACACUAGUCUACUGAUACAUAUCACCAGCUCGACCUCACCCAACUCGCAAUACCUAUUUCUAGUGUGUAAGCACUAUCAGUAACGUUCACACCACAACCUGGCAACAAUAGAGAAAAUGUGUCAUGGGCUCGUUGUGUUUCAGCCCACUCACAAUGUGCCCCUGAUUUUCUUGUCUCCCUUUCUUGUUAUUGUUCCCAAAUGUUAUUGAUCCCAUAUUAUUUCUGUGCUGUUGUAGGCCACAUAUUGAAGAUCAUGGUACCUGUGAGAUCAAAAUUUACGAAGUAUUUCUCGAAGUUCACAUUGGGGUGGCAACAGAUUCCUCUGGUCAUGCGGUGGUUUCCACCAACUACUGUGACCUCCACAUUGGCAAGCUGGACAUACAGUUUGACGGUGGAGCCUCAUGGCUGUAUAACCUGUUUUCUAGCGAUAUUAGUGAUGAACUCAAAGGCUCUAUUGAGGAGCAGAUAUGCAAAACAGCUUCUUUGGAGAUAGAUACAGAGGGUAACAAGGCACUAGCAUCUAUGCCAGGUUGAUCAGCAUUCUCUUUAAAACCAUUCCAUUACCACAAUGUAUUGCUUAUACAGUCAACAUUACCAUCAGUUCAGUCGCAGAGGUGGACUUUGCAAUGAUUCAGGAUCCCAUUAUCACUACGGGACACAUAGAGACCAAUCACAAGGUUAUAAUAUUAUAUUUAUAGCUAAAGAUUGAAGGAUAAGUAUGAUCUUGCUUGAUCCAAGCCCCGAGUUCCAGUUCCAAACAGAAAGUGUUCUAGUAUGGAAUGCCCUUUCUGCCAAAAAUAAUGUGUCUUCUGCCGGCCAACAAUUGAUGAUCUUUUACUCAAUUUUUCAUUCUCUGAAUCGAUCUUCUAUUCUAUUUUGUUAGAAAUCAUUCUCUAAAUCAGAAGUUCCCCGACCCGAUUUUGUAAACGACCUUUCGCUUGAUUGUUCAUCAUCUGUCUUGCGUCUCCGCCCCAUGCAAGGGGAAAAGAUCGUCUGGUGACGGAAAACCUGCUAAAGCUAUAGACGUCAUAUCCAAACCAAUCUUCUUCCUAAAAAACUCAGCGGAC